AUGACCCCUAGUCUUCUUUCUCAGGAAUCACCUAAACCUAUCCCAAAGUCUCAUCAAACCCGCAUUCGCCCCCGCACAAGACUUAAUCAAACUCGUCUCCUAUCACCUUUCCUCCAUAUCUGGCUUCUUUUGCCUGCCACGGCUCGCAUAGCAGUCUAUGAGCUUUUGCGAAAACUAGGCCAUCGAUUAUAUGGAUUGGAUGACGCAGACAACGUCCAAAGACUGCCUUUCGGCCUCUAUCUCAAGUACCGCGGCGAGCCUGACCUACAGCGCAACGAAUUCCAUGCGCUCAAAAUGAUUCAGCAGCACACCACUAUUCCCCCUCCACGAGCUCUGGAUAUUGUUUCUAAAAACAUUCCGAAUGCGAACGACGACUUUGACCCAUCCCCAACAUCAGUCAGCUAUCUCCUCAUCACGCGGGUUCCAGGCAUAACCUUGGCACAAGGGCACGAUGCCUUGUCCGACCAAGACUUCCAGACAAUAUCCCUACAAAUGAAGCACUAUAUUUCGCAGAUUCGAGAUAUCCCUAAAAUAGUGAAUCCCCAAAUGGCUAUCUGCAACACCCUCGGUGAAGCAUGCCGCGACCAUCGCAUCAAGUACGCAGACCCCAUUGGACCCUUUCCCGAUGAAGCAUCAUUCAGCCAGCAGCUGCGCUACUCAGACGAACCCAGCCGCCGAGGUCACAGAAUCGUCUUCACACAUGCAGAUCUGAACCCGCGCAAUAUUCUCGUCGAUAAGGUGCAUUAUGAGGAUGGGAGCCACGGUUGGCAAAUCAGCGGGAUCCUGGAUUGGGAAACUGCAGGAUAUUAUCCUGAAUAUUGGGAUUUUACGAAGGCCAUGUACGAAGGGUUCCGCUGGCCAAAAAGAUAUAACGAUUUUGUCAAGGAUAUUUUUGCGGAAUUUGGCGAGUAUAGUCGCGAGUUGGAGGUUGAGAAGCGGAGUUGGGAGUCUGGAGAUGGCUAG